UGCAGGGAUCAAAGCUGGAAAUACCACUGUGGCUUGCUAAAGGCCUACAUGACAGCAAAAGAAGAAUAAUUUCUGUGGAGCUGCCAAAAAUUUACAAGGAAGCCUGGAGGACAGUGUUCAGCGCUGAUGCCAAUGUGGUCGAUCUGCAUAAAAUGGGGCCAUACUACUAUGGAUUUGGCUCCCAGCUCCUGAAUUUUGACAAUCCAGAGAAUCCUGAGAUAGCUCAGACUAUCCUGCAGACGUUUAUUAGCCGUUUUCGUCGUAUCAUGGACUCCUCUCAGAAUGCCUACAAUGAAGACACAUCAGCGCUGGUGGCUCGGCUGGAUGAACUGGAGCGAGCCUUAUUUCAAGCUGGCCAGAAAGGGCUGAAUGACUUCCAGUGCUGGGAAAAGGGACAGGCUUCUCAAAUCACAGCUUCCAGUCUGGUCCAGAAUUAUGGGAAAAGAAAGUUCACAGAUACGGAUGGUUAAAAGCCUGAAGAACAUGCUGCUACAGUGGGAGACACCGAGAGAUUUACAGU